AUGAAAAUUAACCCAAACAGCUUUUUAAAUUAACUAUUUAGCUAUAAUGCUCACCACGAUAGAGAUUUAGAUGUGCAUUUUAUCGAAGACGAUGACAUAAUUAUGUUUUAUAAGUAAAAAUCUAAUAAAUUAGGUGCAUUUUUUGAUCAAGAUAAAAUUCUGAAUUUUACUGAUGACCAAAGCGGGCUAAUAACUAAGGAGUCUUUUGAAAAAGGAAUUUAUAAUGAAGUAGAAAGCAUUCACAAUGAAUUACAGGAGAUUCAAGAAAAAAGAGAGUAAGCAUAGAGAAUAAUUGAAGAAAAAAAAACCUGGUGGCAAUUAAGGACGUAGCUGAUGCCUUAAUAACAGAAGCAUAAUUUUGAAGAUGAAAAUUACAUCAUGCCAGAAGCUAGAUUUUUCGUUAAAGUUGUUUGUGUUGAGAAAAACAAUCCAAAUACAAAUAAUUCUACUUUAUCUAAUAAAAAUGAAUUACUUAGAAUAUAAAUUGAUAUUGAUGACGCUUCCUAUUCAACAGAAGAGAGGGUCUUCGAUCAGGGAAUUUGCUAAUUUUAAAAUAAUAUUUUUACUUUACCAAUUACUACAGGAUAUGAAAGAAUAUACUUAAAAGUUGUUGAGCAUGAGUAUUCAGAGGUAAAAGCUGCAAUGCAAUUAAAACUUAAUGACUUCAAAGAUUAGAAAAUACAUAAAAGAAUUUAUCACUUAAAACCUCAGAAGAAAUUCAAAGAAUUGCAAUACGAUAUACAUACAAGAAUAUUUUACUAAUAUAAUUCAUACACAUUCAAUGAGGAGAAGCUAGCAUUAAGAUAGGAAACUUAUCAAAAUAUAAUCAAGAAAUUAGAAAAAAGAGAGAUCAGAUUAAGGGAAAGAUUGAGAGGUUUAGAAAAUAGCUCAAACUAUUUAUUACUUGAGUAUUUAGAUAUAAUUUGCUUUGAAAAUUAAGAAGAAGGUUAAUGUAAUCAAGACAUUGUUAUCAAAGUUUCUAAAGAUUUUGAUUCUGAAACAGCAUCUAUAUAUAAUGAAUAAACUUAAGCUGAAAUCUUUUUUUAGAAUGAGGAAGAAGAAACAAGAGAAUUUUAAAGGUUGAAAUUAUACUCUGAUGCACCUACACCAGAAAGAGAGUAAGGAAACUUUUCUUUUGAUAAUAUGUCAGAAGAAGGCGGUGUUGCAACUCAUUUAAAUUAGUAAAUGCUAAAUCAUAUACUAGAUUCAAGAAGAGGUUCUUAAUACACAGGCGAUGGUGGUACAAAUACAAGUUCUCCUUUUAAACUGAAUUUAUCUUAGAAUAAUGGGAAUGAAAUAGGACAGUUUAUAAGUCCAAGAUUUAAUGAAGCUUCUACUAAUAGAUAAUCUUUAAAGAAUCCUUUACUAAUGGAUGAUAACAAACCAGCUGCCAGCAAAACACUACUUGAAUUAAUUGCAUUGAGUUAAGAAACAAAAAAUUUAAACAACAAUAUAGAAACUAAAAAGAAUAAAUUUUAGUAAGAAAUAAACAUUAAAAAUUCUAUUUACUAAUAACUAUCUAAAAUGAAUAAUCAAGAAUUAUUGCAAUUUAGAAUAUUUGCUAAGGGUUUGUAUUAGUUAAAUAGACUAAAUAAAAUUUAAUAAUAGGAACAAGAAAACUUAAAUAACAAAAACUAAUAUAUUAAAUAAAAUAAUACUAAAAAAAGAUGA